UUGCCUACUGCGCAAGCGCGGCUUCUCCCUACCGGAAGCGGAAGUGCGCCGUCUGCAGGCGGUCCCUGGGAAGAUGGCGGCGGCCGGCCCGGCUCCGGGCCCCGCGGACGAGCUGGUCUCGUCGGUGACGCUGUACCGCCGGCGGCCGCGGCUCCUCCACGGCACCGUGCUGCCCUUCGUGGCGGGGCUCUACCCGGCCUGGUUGUGGCUGUGGGGGCCGCGGGUGUGGGCAGCGUGGGGGGAAGCGGCGGCGGCGGAGGAGGAAGCGCAGGGCCCGGGCCCGGCUCCCCCUGAGGCCGCGCUGUUGGCGUUGGCCGCUAUCGGCGUCCUUCAUCUGCUGACGGCGCUCUCGGGGCUGUGGUCGGUGCACGCGCAUUGCGCGCUCACGUGCGUUCGGGAACCCAGCCCUAAGAAAGCCACGCUGGCUAAAGUUGUGCCAACCCCCAAUAACGGAUCUGUAGAACUGGUGCCGCUCCACAGAGACCAGGAUGAGGACGGGCAGGAGGCUCUCUCCUUUGAGUUUCAGAAAAUCAAAUACUCCUAUGAGAUAAACGGCAAGAAGCAGUUUCUUCCUGUGGCUUUCCCUGUGGAGCAUCCGCUGUGUUAUUACCAGAACGCCCGGGGCUAUCAGGAGGACAAAGAUAUCCGAGCAGCUGAGAAGAAAUAUGGCACAAAUAAGGCUGAGAUGGUGGUGCCGGAAUUCUUGGAGCUUUUUAAAGAAAGAGCUACAGCGCCGUUCUUCGUCUUCCAGGUGUUCUGCGUGGGUCUGUGGUGCCUGGAUGAGUAUUGGUACUACAGUGUCUUCACCCUCUCCAUGUUGGUGGCGUUUGAAGCUUCCCUGGUCCAGCAGCAAAUGAGGAACAUGUCGGAGAUCCGAAAAAUGGGCAACAAGCCCUACAUGAUCCAGGUCUACCGAAAUCGGAAGUGGAGGCCCAUUUCCAGCGACGAGAUCAUCCCAGGGGAUAUCGUCUCCAUUGGCCGAUCUCCUCACGAAAACCUGGUGCCGUGUGAUGUGCUGCUCCUACGCGGGAGGUGCAUUGUGGACGAAGCGAUGCUGACCGGAGAGUCUGUGCCGCAGAUGAAGGAGCCUGUGGAGGACCUCAGCCCAGAGCACGUUUUGGACAUGCAGACGGAUGCCCGGCUGCACAUCAUAUUUGGUGGAACGAAGGUGGUGCAGCACAUCCCACCCCAGAAAGCCAGCACGGGACUGAAACCUGUUGACAACGGAUGCGUGGCGUACGCUCUGAGGACCGGCUUCAACACGUCUCAGGGGAAGCUGCUACGUACAAUCCUCUUUGGGGUGAAGAGAGUGACAGCCAAUAACUUAGAGACCUUCAUUUUCAUCCUCUUCCUGCUGGUCUUCGCCGUCGCUGCCGCGUCGUACGUCUGGAUCGAAGGCACCAAGGAUCCCAGCAGGAAUCGCUACAAGCUCUUCCUCGAGUGCACAUUGAUACUGACGUCCGUUGUUCCACCUGAGCUUCCCAUCGAGCUCUCCCUGGCCGUCAACACCUCCCUCAUCGCUUUGGCCAAACUCUAUGUGUACUGCACAGAGCCCUUCCGCAUCCCCUUUGCGGGCAAAGUGGAGGUUUGCUGCUUUGACAAAACCGGCACGUUGACCAGCGACCACCUGGUGGUGAGAGGAGUGGCCGGGCUCAGGGAGGGGAAGGAAGUGAUGCCCGUCUCUGACAUCCCUAUAGAAACCCACCGAGCCAUCGCUACGUGCCACUCGCUCGUGCAGUUGGAUGAUGGGACGUUGGUGGGGGAUCCGUUGGAGAAGGCGAUGCUGACGGCGGUGGACUGGACCCUGACCAAAGAUGAGAAAGUUUUCUCCAGAAGUAUUAAAACUCAGGGACUGAAAAUUCACCAGCGCUUUCAUUUUGCCAGUGCCCUGAAAAGAAUGUCUGUCUUGGCGUCGUACGAGAAGAUCGGCGCCGCUGAUCUCUGUUACAUUGCAGCUGUGAAAGGGGCCCCGGAGACGCUGCACAAAAUGUUAUCUCAGUGCCCAAGCAAUUACCACGCUGUGCACACUGAAAUCUCACACGAGGGGGCACGAGUGCUGGCCCUGGGCUACAAGGAACUGGGGCACCUCACUCACCAGCAGGUGCGAGAGAUGAAGCGUGAAGCUCUGGAGUGUGACCUUCGCUUUGCUGGCUUCAUUGUGGUUUCCUGCCCUCUCAAAACGGACUCCAGAUCCGUCAUCAGGGAGAUCCAGAACGCGUCGCACCACGUAGUGAUGAUAACAGGAGACAACCCUCUGACCGCCUGCCACGUGGCCAGGGAGCUGCACUUCCUCCAGAGGGAACACACGCUCAUUCUGCAGCCUCCUGCCAGCAAAGAUUCCACCUGGCAGUGGCAGUCCAUCGACGGUGCCAUCGUGUUCCCCAUUUUGCCCACCUCCCUGCGGGAGCUGACGCAGCGCUACGACCUCUGCGUGACAGGGGAAGGUCUCUCUCACCUGAAGGCUCUGAACAGACAGCAGCUGCUGCGGCUCAUCCCGCACAUCCAAGUGUUUGCCAGAGUGGUGCCGAAGCAGAAGGAGUUUGUGAUCACUACUUUGAAGAGCCUGGGCUACGUCACGCUGAUGUGCGGGGAUGGGACCAACGACGUCGGAGCUCUGAAACACGCGGAUGUGGGAGUGGCUCUGCUGGCCAACGCUCCUGAGAGACUGCCUGAGAGGAAGAAAAGGCCUCGGGAUGGUCCCAGUGAGUUCAGGCCCGCUGCAGCGCCGCUGGGGAGCGGGACGGUGAAGCCCACGUCGCGUGGUGCCAAGCACAGAGUCAUGUCCCAGCGAGAGGAGCAGCUGGCCGUGCAGAGGGAGCGGAUCAGUCAGGUGCUGAAGGAUUUGGAGGAGGACCGCGUGCCGGUGGUGAAGCUGGGUGAUGCCAGCAUCGCGGCCCCCUUCACCUCCAAGCUCUCCUCCAUCCAGUGCAUCUGCCACGUGAUCAAGCAAGGUCGCUGCACGCUCGUGACGACGCUCCAGAUGUUCAAGAUCCUCGCCCUGAACGCCCUGAUCCUGGCCUACAGCCAGAGCGUCCUCUACUUGGAAGGGGUGAAGUUCAGUGACUUCCAGGCCACCCUGCAGGGGCUGCUGCUGGCUGGCUGCUUCCUUUUCAUCUCCAGGUCAAAGCCUUUGAAGACUCUGUCCAAGGAGCGCCCGCUGCCGAACAUCUUCAAUCUCUACACGGUGCUGACGGUGCUGCUGCAGUUCCUGGUGCAUUUCCUCAGCCUCGUUUACCUGUACCGCGGUGCCCAGGUGCGCAGUGGUUCCAAACGGGAAGAGUUUGUGGAUCUGUACAAGGAGUUUGAGCCCAGCCUGGUGAACAGCACCGUGUACAUCAUGUCCAUGGCGAUGCAGAUGGCCACGUUUGCUAUCAACUACAAGGGUCAUCCCUUCAUGGAGAGCCUGCAGGAGAACAAACCGCUGCUGUGGAGCAUCAUCCUCUCAGGGUUGGCCAUCGUGGGGCUGCUCACGGGUUCGUCGCCUGAAUUCAACGAACAGUUUGGGCUGGUGGAAAUCCCUACUGAGUUCAAGAUCAUUAUCACGGAGGUGCUGCUGGCCGACUUCUUCCUUGCUUUGUUGGCGGACCGCAUCCUUCAGUUCCUACUGGGGAGAGCAAAACUCAAAGUGCCUUCGUGA